CCGUAUUCUGCUAAAUCAAGGAUAUUAUUACCUUCUCCGGCCGACUAGCCCACCCUUUAGAGAUACUUCUCAUGGCUGAUAGAUCUACACAAGCACGAAGUGGCGGUCGCAAAUACCGUUCCAAGAAGCAAAGGCCCUGUGACUCUUGCCGCUCGAGGAAGACACAGUGUAAGAUCCUAGACGGCGACUUGGCAUGUGAGCUGUGCAAAAGACUGAAUCGCUCAUGCACUUUUGUUUUGCAGCCUCUGAGAAAAGAGCGGCCGACAUGCGUUCAGGGUGGAGCUCCCAAACCCCAGCAGCAUAGGCUUGACAAUGGUCAAGGAGCGCAAAUGUCUAGUCCGGACCUUGACAACUCUAUUACAACUACACAAAUUCCAUCGACUUGGCAGAAUGGUGUACACACCUAUGAUCUGGGCUCGCCAUCUAAUAUUCUAGCAAUUGAAUGGUCCUCCAUGGACUUCUCUCUUGGCGGAUUUGACCAAAAUCAGCCACCAUCGACCAAUCGGGUAACGGAAUCCGGGUUAGAAGGCCAAAUUGUGCGUCAAGUCGAGCAACACAAUGGCGGGAAUGGUGCAUACACUCUCGAGUCUGUGCCUCCGAUCGACGAUAUAUCUCCUUCAUAUACAAACAGCUCAAUGGAACGGAUGAACGGCGACCCUAAUCCAGACGUUUCUGGAGAUGAACAUGACUUGGAUCGAUUCAUCCAGGGGCUCUGGGACAGAAGAGAAUCGAAUCAUGCCUUCGACUGGCCGCACGAGUUCUCCAUCGAUUCCAGGAGAGGCUAUUCGAAUCAGGUAAUAGGUCUAUCUGGGGAGUCAGACCCGUUCCUUCUCCGCUAUCAUCGGUACAACAUUAAUGAUACGUAUCCAAUGUUUAGACUGGAUUUUCGAAAUAUCAUGGGGGAUGAGAAGCUACAGCCGCCAGCUGAAAACAGCACCCUUGGAGGACUACCCCUUCCCGUCGGCUAUAUCCCUAUCCAGUUUGUGAUGACAGACGAGAACAUCUGUCAGGAUGAUUUGGAGACUGCAGAGGCGAUGUUUUCAGGAUGCAAGACUGAGCUGGAGGACCUUGGACUCCUCAAAAGCCUCGUGCCAGUUGAUCUCGGUGCGCGUCUACUGAAUUUAUAUGUUCGAUUUGUUCAUCCAAGAUUUCCUGUGUUGUCUGUCAAUGACUUCAAAAAUCUUGAAGACUACUGUUGCGUUGGACUUCCCAUCGGCAUACAAGCUGCUGUAUUCGCUUUGGCUGCGCCUUUCAUUUUCUUGGACGACGAACUGAGCGUUUCGAAGGGAUACUUGCAGUUGUCCACAACGGAGCUCUGGUCUAUCGCGCAUCGGAGUUAUCUUCGCUGCACUCGCACUUCACAUCUCUCGUCUUUGCAACUGUGUCUUCUUCUGCUCCAAAUGCCUCCCCGGAACUUCGCCGUGGCAGAGCCACCUAGCACGUGGGCCUUGUCUUGCUCAGCUUUGUCUCUUGCUGAGAGCCUAGGAGUCAAUUUGGACCCUUCCGCCUGGCGUCUACCUGCUAAUGAGAUGCGAUUGAGGAAGAGGUUGUGGUGGUUGACUUAUGUUCAACACACCUGGCAUGCCCUCUUACUUGGACGUCCAUCACAUUUGAACGAUGACAAUUGGGCUGUUUCGGAGCUUACUAAGGAUGACUUCGACUUGAAUGAGCAACUGGAUGAGGAAACCAAUGAAUACGUCAACUUGCAGAUUCCCAUUCUCAUUGCUCUAUGCAGCUUAUCGACAAUUGCUGCCGAAGUACUGAGUCGACUUUUUACAUUGAAAGCAGCACGUGGGUCACCGUCUUUGGACGCAAUUUUAGCUCGCGCUCAGUCAUUACGAGCACGAAUCGAGACUUGGAGGCAGACUCUUCCGGUUCUGUCUGCGAAGUUGUCAACCUUGGACGACGAUGACCUUGAACAAUGCGCUGCUUUGCGAUUAUCUCACUUGACUCUUGAAAUACUCAUAUACCGAGCUCUCCUGCGCCAUUUGUCAUACCAGACCAUAUCACCAGACGAAGGAACUAGAGAACUAGUUUCAACGAUCUUUGAAAACACAUACAUUUGCUCCAAGUUAGGCACCGAGAUUAUCAGUUCACUGAAACCAAGACAUUUUGCGAACUUCUGGCCUCAAUACGCGAGAUAUCAAUUAUGUUAUAUAUCAAGUCUCAUUUUGCUCAGCUUCGCACAAUCACCAACGACAGGGAUUGCACAUCAAAAUAAGGCUCUCCUUGGCAAAUGGAGAAACACCUUACGAGCUCAGGCAAGGGCAUGGCCACUAGCCAGGCUUGCUACGAUGAGGUUGGAUGCCGUAUUUUGGAAGGGAUUGUCUGCUGUUAUCCAUGGAACCGGCCCCGAUAGUCCUGCGAUGUCACUACUCAAAGAACAAGACCUACGAGUGUCUGGAGACAGGGUUUCACAAUAAGGGCUUCUACCUUCAGUACCAGGCUGCAAAGGGAGACUUUGCUUCAUUCGUCACUUAUCCGAGUAGACGUUCUACAGCUAUAGCCUAUGAGAAAUACCAUGUAUUGUACGACUAUUUAUCAUUUGUCCAGUCUCCAAGCCACGAUGUGAAUUUGCUAACGAAUACUUUCAUGCAACUCGUGAGCAGAGGAGCUGUGUUAUGCUACCAGCCUAGUAGGGACAAUUGUAGUCUAUAGAAGUCUGAGUAAGCAAGUUGCCUUUGUGGCCGCGAUUGGCUCUCAUUUGCGAGAAGUGGGGGUGAGCAAUAAUGAGCAAAUAUUCACCUUUUCAACAACCAAAUAUUGUACCCCUCCCAUCGGCGGACGACGAUCCAGACUGAACGGCGAAGUUCGCCGUCACUAGGAUUCCCUUAUCUU